AGGUCACAACUCAUAGUCAUUAUAGGAUAGUCGAAGUCUAUCCAGAAUAAUAAAUAUGGCUGCACCAUCUCCUGAUCCCGCUUUGGAUCUUGUUCCCAUUAAACAAGAAGAAGACGCAGUUGAAAAUGGUUCGCCACCACAAGAACCCAAACUUCCAACCAAAAAGGAUAUCUCACUGAAAGAGUUCCUUGGGAAGAUGGAUGAUUAUGCUCCAAUCGUAAGACUUGCUUGUUUAGUAUUGUGUCUCAUCCCAUUAUCUAACCCUUGCUCGUAGAUUCCUGAUGCAGUGACAAACUAUUACCUCACAAAAGCUGGUCUUCCACCCCCACCACAGACAGAUGCGCGUCUGGCGCGUCUGCUUGCACUUGCGACCCAAAAGUUCAUUGCUGAUAUUGCGGCCGAUGCUUAUCAAUAUUCACGCAUUCGGUCUUCGAAUUCCUCAAGUGCCAAUAAUCCUAUGGGAAACUUGGGUGCUGCAGCUGGUUUCCCAAUUCCAGGUCAGCAACCUGCUGGUGCGACAGGAGGCAAGGACCAACAGGGACGUGGAGGACCUUUGGGUAUUCAAAGACCCGGGUUUGGUGGUGGCGGACAAGGAGGUAGUCAAAACAGAACGGUUCUCACAAUGGAAGAUUUGGGUAUGGCUGUGGGAGAAUAUGGCGUUAAUGUAAAGCGCGGGGAGUUCUAUCGCUAAAUUCACGGCAUCAUAAGGCAUAAUAAGGUUGGGAUUGGGUUUCAAUGGCGUUACAAAUGAUCAUUAGUUAUGAAGAAGGUAUAAGGGUUUACGGAGAACGACACGUCAUGAAAUUGUAUAACGUUUCUAUGUUCCAGGUACGGAGAUUGGCCAGAAAUUU